AGGAAACAUGGUUCAGUCCUGCUCGGCGUACGGAUGCAAAAACAGAUACCACAAAGACAAAAACAUCUCCUUUCACAAGUUUCCUCUGGCGCGGCCGGACAUCUGUGGGAGAUGGCUGGCUGCUAUUAAGAGAAGGAACUUCAAACCCACCAAGUACAGCAACAUCUGCUCUCAGCACUUCACCAGAGACUGCUUCAAGCACGAGUGCAACAACCGUGUGCUGAAGGACAACGCUGUGCCCUCGCUCUUCACCUCCAGCAGACUACAGACGGAGGCAGCAUCUCUUGAGGAAACCUUCAGCCCAGACCUGGAAUUUCCUCUGAGUCUCCCAAUGUCUGACGCUGAAGAGACUCCGGAGGAGCGUCCGUCUGAAGCCCAGCCCGGCCCAGACCACUCCAGCACCUUCGUCUCCUGCGACCACAACUACACGGUGGAGGACACGGUGCAGCAGAAGAGACGCAUCGAGACGCUGCAGGAACAGCUGGAGAAGCUGCGCAAGAGACUGAAGACGGUGCAGCAGAAGUGCAGGAGGCAGGAGAGACAGCUGGAGCGCUUCAGAGCCAUGAGACAGGUCCAGAAGCCCAGCAAGGACACUCCACUGGGAGACGGCUACGUCAUCCUGCCCAAAGAGAUCUACGACGUCCUGAGAGGAAUAGAGACCAUCGGAGCGCUGUGAGGGACGUCGAGCGUGAGAGAGUCACGGUUCUAAAGGGGUUUGACUUCUUCUGUCUGUCAUGACCUGUGUUCUGUGUGUGUGAACGUGUUCUCUGUGACUGAAGGAGGUUCUGAUCACAGAUCUUUGUGGAACUGAAUGUCCUUUCAGGAGAAGAUCGUCCUCUUCAGAGCAGAACUAACUCCACAUGCAGUAACUGCGUGAGAGGAUUCAGGUGUAGAAUACAGAGAAACUGAACUCUUUAGCUCUUGUGAAGAUGGUUAGAUGCCAUGAGACUCGACCGACGCCGUGACAAACGCUUCAGUGGAUCAGGUUCUCAUCAUCUACAGAUCUGUUGACAUGUUUGUUCUGUUAUUAAAUGUUUUUUUCUCAUUUAAACCUCUAGAGUUUAUACUGACUAGUUUUUGAUUUGAUUAAUGUUGUAUGACCAAACUGGACUUCACUAAACACAUCUUCAGCAGCCAUAGAGUCUCAUAUCAAAGGGCUUUCAGCUGUUCGUUGUUGCUUUCUCACCUUUGCUUGUUCAUUUAUUAUUUACAAAAAACUUUAAUAAUUGUGGAAUCAAUUUAAGCCAUAUAUGGGUAAAAGUAUAUUUUUGCUGGGAAAACUCAUUGUUGCCUUACAGUCACAGCGCAAUUGUUUAUGUGUUUGACUUUCAAUACAAGGCUCUCGUUCUUGA